UAAACUAAUAUGCUUCUGCUUUAAUCAAUAAAUGCAAAUGCAAAAUGAAGAUGAUUGUAAAUCAAUCUUUCAAGGUUAAUGAAAUCUCAACUCCUUAAACCAUGUUAAUGAAUUAUGAGUUAAACUUAAACCAUAGUUAAUCGCUAUUCUCAAUCAACCAUUUAUCACUUAAUCAUCAACCAGCCAAACAAUUAUGCAGCCUAUAAUUGUAAUCAAAAAUAUCAAAUUACCUUAGUCCAAUCAAUCGUAGACAAUACAUUAAAUCGUCUUGCACAAAUAAACAACACUAAACACAGAAGGCAAAGUUGACUAUUUUUCAGUUUUUCAAUAAAACAAUAAUACUUAAUAACUUAAAGUCAAAAUAUUUGAUCGUUAUUAUGACAGUUACUUAUACGCUUAGUGUUGCCGAAUCUCGUCUUUCUGGAUUCCCUCGAUUACUAAUCAAAUGGAAAGGAAGUAUUUAUAAACUUUUGUACCGCGAAAUGAUUAUAUUUUGCUUCUUCUUUUAUCUAAUUCACUUAAUUUACCACCGAGUUCUCAGCCAAAAUCAACAAAGAAUAUUCAAUAAGCUCUCUGAUUAUUGUGACACUUACACCAAUUUCAUUCCACUUUCCUUUGUUCUUGGUUUUUAUGUAACUAUUGUUGUCACCCGUUGGUGGCAGCAAUGGUUGGCUAUCCCUUGGCCUGAUAAAUUGGCAAUGCUGGUAUCGGCGUAUCUUCCUGGAAUCGAUGAAAGGUCCACCGUGAUUAGGAUUACACUAAUGAGAUACAUGUUAGCCAUGCAGGGAUUAACCUUUCAAGCCAUUAGUACAUCAAUCCGUAAACGGUUUCCAACGGAAGAGGAUUUAGUGAAGGCCGGGUUAAUGACUUAUGAGGAUUUAGAGGCUUACUUAGCUACUGUCGAUGUUUAUGGUCGCUGGUGGAUACCAAGCCAAUGGUUUACCUCACUAUUAAUGGAAGCUUACAGAGAAGGCAAGGUUAAACAUGAAAUGUUUGUACGUGAAAUUAUCAAUGAGAUGCAUGUUUUUCGUGGUAAUUGUGGCUCUUUAUUUGCUUUUGAUUGGAUAAGUAUUCCUUUGGUUUAUACUCAAACGGUUACAAUUGCUGUGUAUACUUAUUUUGGUGCCAAAUUGAUUGGACGUCAAUAUACAACAAUAUCAUCUUCAAACUCAACAGCUACUGAAUCAAGUCAGCUUGACUUUGGAUCGUCCACUGUUAAUCAAACCAAUAUUGAUCCAAUAGCUUUUCUUGGAACUGAUACAACACCAUUUACAUUUUAUAUACCUUUCUUUACGAUUGCUGAGUUCUUCUUCUUUAUGGGCUGGUUGAAAGUUGCUGAACAGUUGAUUAAUCCAUUUGGAGAAGAUGAUGAUGAUUAUGAUUGCAAUUGGAUUUUAGAUCGUAAUAUUUUUGUAUCUUUCAUUAUUGUUGAUGGUAUGCAUCAAAAACAUCCAGAUUUAGGUUUACCUCCUAAACCAGAGAUUGUUAUUUCUUCUCAACCAACAAUGGAAUUGAAUCAAAGAAGAGCUUCCAUCAAUCCUCAUUCUGGUUCAACAAUGAAUCUCUCUGUUGUCAAACAACGUCGGCCUUCUCGGUCAAUUAAUUCAAUUAAUUUUCUUGAUUCCUUGUCAAAUGACAAAUUGUCACCUAAUCUAGAAAUUGAUAGCAAUGAGGACAAUUUUAAUAUCAACAAUAACAGUCUAAAUAACUGCAGUAAUCAAACUCCUUUAAGCUGGCAACACAGAACGAUGUCAUUUUGUGUCCCCUCUGACAAUGUAUUUCAAUUAACAGAAUCUAAACAAGUUGGAGGAAGACGAAGAAAAUUAUCUCUAGAAGAGAAUCGUUCAUUCAGUGGAAAACCGUUUAAACCAACAAACAAACUUCAAACCCAUGUUGAAUGUAAUGAAGAUGCUGAAAUUAAUGCGACUGAGAAUCAAAAUUGUGAAGACGAAAUUCGGUUGCUUUUGAAUCAAGAUGAAACUGGGACCGAUUAAUAACCUGAAAUUACAAAUCAAACAAAUCAUUGAAUUUGUUUCUUCUGAAUUGUUCAUUCACCAAGAAUUGUCUUGUUAUUGAAAGUCUUUUAAUUGUUUGAAGAUAACUUAACAGAUUUUAUAUGAAAUAUAUAUUUAAUUAUAACCAAAUCUUAUUUAGUAA